AUAGCAAUACGCGCCUUUCGGGGGCCUUGCGAACUUCGCACGAGCAAGGAUCUACCUUCCCCAUGCCCAAUGAAAGUCUGGGGUAAUAGUCCACAGGGCUAGGGAUUGACGAUACGGGGAUAGGCCAAGCGGGGGCUGGCCGUUGCUGCUCCUCGCUUGGGGGCCCUGUACCUAGGCUCAGCCAUGACUGUUACGCAUAUGGCAUGAAGGUGGAAUGGCUAUAUAUCAAUUCGUACGAAUGGUGAGGGGUUGACGACUAACAUACAAAUCCAGGUAAUCGAUACCCUUCGCGACUGUGGCGGGCAUCGUAGAGAAUCAGCGCCAACCUCAUCGCAACAAUAUGGAGAACAAAGUUGUCCUGGAGUCGGUCGAACGAUCUGACCAGCAUAGUAAUGCUCUUACACCAGAGCUAGCGGACGAGGACCGCAAGAAAGAACGCAAGCUCAAGUUCAAGCUGGACUUUAUUAUCCUCCCGCUUCUCGCGACAGUGUACUUCCUCGCGUCGAUGGUGAGCCCUGGUUGGAUAGGGAUAUCGCCCUUCCAGCACUUGCUGAUGGCUGUUAGGGUCGAGCAGACCUGGGCAAUGCGAAAAUCGCAGGCAUGGACGCCGAAUUGAAGCUCUCUGCGUCUCAAUACUCCCAUGUGGCCAGCAUCUUCUUGGUCGGCUACUUGUUGUUUCAGCUGCCUGGUACAUUGCUGGUUCGUAAGAUCGGGCCCCCAUUGCAGUUUGGCGGUGCCAUGCUCGGCUGGGGCACGGUGACUGCCUGCACAGUCUUAGUUCACGGAUAUGCAUCACUCAUGAUCACCCGAGUCUUUGUCGGCUGCUGCGAAGCCUUCGUUCAGGGCGCGGUGUUCUACCUCUCCUUUUGGUACCCCUACAACGAACUUGCCACCCGAGGAGCAAUAUUCUGGUCCAUGUCUGCUCUGGCAGGGGCCUUCAAUGGCCUCAUCGCAUAUGCAGUACAGCAGAACCUUGCACACGUCAAUAGCUGGCAACCCUGGCGGUGGAUCUUUUUGAUCGAAGGCGUCGUUCCGAUCGGAUGGGCUUUUGUUGUUUGGAUAUUGCUCCCUUCCACACCCGAGAAGACCAAGCUUUACUUCAACGAGGACGAGAAGGCCUUGAUUGUCAAGAGAAGUCGACGUGCCUUCAACACCGGCGAGUCCAAGAUCGUGCCGAAGUUGAUUGUGAAGCUCCUCCUCGACCCAAAAUUCUGGCUGCUCGUGGUCGUUCAAAGCGCCAACCUGUUCUGCCUUACGUCUCUGUCGAAUUUCCUUCCCGCCAUCCUCCACGGAUUCGGAUGGUCGACCGUCAAGUCGCAGCUUAUGACCGUCAUCAUCUACGCGUGUGCGUUCGUCAACAUCAUCUUCUCAGCCAGACUCUCCGACAAGAUCCGACAGCGUGGGCUUGUCGUGCUGGUCAACUCGACAAUCGGCGCUGUGGGGUAUAUUCUUCUUCUCACAUUGACCAAUCCUUCCGGUCGUUUUGCGGGAGCUUGCGUCGUUGCGUUAGGGGUGUACCCUAACGUGGUUAUUGUCCUGACCUGGACUGCGACAAUCAACGUCGGUUACACAUUCCGAGCGAGUGCGGCAGCCCUCAUCAAUUCCAUCGGUCAAGCCGUGGCUAUCGGGUCGAAUGAGGCGUACAAUGACCCUCCUUUCUACCGUCGUGGUCACGGAUCGGCGCUGGGUAUGAUUGGUGCCGAACUAGUGUUUUGUACACUCCUGCUGCUCUUGCUGAGGUAUGAAAACAACAGGAAGAGGAAAGAGCAAUUCAGUGAUCAAGUGCAAGAGCUUAGGAAGUUGACGAUCGAUGAGAUCGGGAACAAACAUCCUGAUUACUUCUUUGCGUACUAAGGGGGUUGAAAGAGAAAAGAGUAUUCGUAUGAUCACGGGAGAAGACGCGAUGAAGCUGGGGGUCCUCGUGCUCAGUCCGGGACAAGGAGUCUUCUCAGUUAGGAUCAACGCUGACUGCCCUGAGAUGUUGUGAGAGAGCUUUGGCAUGAAAAGACAUUUGAUAUCGGAAUCGUGACUGGCCACUGCCUCGCUCCUGUAAGUGGAGGCUGGAGCCGCACGUUGGUCAAGCAAAGUUAAGGGCUGAAGAGGUAUGCGAGAUUGGAAGGGUUUAAGGAUGAGAAUGCAUGAGAGGGCUCAAAAGGAAGCCAAGAGGACCAGAAUUUGGAUGUGGUUUAUCCAACAAUUGCAUCUAGUGCUUUGCCGCCAAUUGUGUAUACAUUGCCUGAGCAACUACUGUGAAGGCGAUAUAAGUGGCUUUU